CAGGGCCGGAUCCAGUUCGUGCGCAAUGUCGGGGUCGUCGACGGCUGGGGAGGACAUAGUGCAGCACCUCUCGUCGAAUUCCAACCCGUCCUCGGACAAGCUCGCCAAGCUCGAGGCCCGCAUGGCCGGCAAGGCCGUCUCGGCGCCUCCCCCGUCGCCGCCGCACCAUCCAGCGGCCUCCCCGGCCUCCGCCCCCGCCUUCAUGGACCAGGAGGAGCUGCCCGAGUCCUCCUCUUCAGAUGAUGAUAACGGCGAGGAGUUCCUGAUACAGAAGAACACAAUGAAGCGUCCGAGAUCCCCAGACUGCGACCACGGCCUAGCUCUUGGAAAUUUCGAGGGAUCAGCUAAUGCGGCAGCAAAGAUAGUAGAUGACAUAGAAGCACGACUGCCGUCAGAAAACCCAAACAGGAAAAAGCAAGGCCGCGGAAGGGGGCGUGGCCGAGGGCGUGGCUCGAAGACGGUUGAUCAAGCACGCCAGACUUCUACUUCCUCAGUAACUGCAUCGAAUGGCCAGCAUGACAAAUUGACUACCAUGGAUUCCCGGUCAAGUGUUCUACCUGGGAAUGAGGACAGGACUGCAAUACAUGAAGAACUAUCACUGUUACGUGGUAAAGUUGCAUUGUUGGAGGAGGAGCUUAACAAAUCGCGUCAAGAAGCGACUGACUGUCGUCAACUUAGUGAUAGGUUAGCAAAGGAACUGAAGGAUUUCAAAGAUCAAGAUCAACAAAAGAAAUCAAAGCAAAUGAAGGUCCUGUCAGACCUGCUCAUAGCAGUAUCAAAAGCAGAAAGGCAAGAAGCACGGAUGAGGUUAAAGCAGGAAUCUUUUAGACUUGGGAACAUUGGUGUUAUGAGAGCUGGAACUAUGAUAUCUGAAACAUGGGAGGAUGGCCAGGCAAUAAAGGACCUUAAUUCACACCUUAAAUCAUUGCUGGAAACAAAAGAGGCUAUUGAAAGGCAUCGUAAAUCUCUAAAGAAAAGACAAUCUGAUAAGGGUGAUGGCAGUGAUGCUGAAACUAGCAUGUCUGAGGAAGAUUUCCUUUUACAGGAUGAGAUAUGUAAAUCUCGGUUAACUAGUAUCAAACGGGAGGAAGAGCAGUAUUUGAGAGAAAGAGAUCGGUAUGAAUUGGAAAAGGGAAGGCUUAUACGUGAAAUGAAGCGUCUUAGAGAUGAAGACGGAUCACGCUUUAAUAACUUCCAAAUUCUUCAUCAUCGAUAUGCUCUGUUAAACCUUCUUGGAAAGGGUGGGUUUAGUGAGGUGUACAAGGCUUUUGACUUGGUUGAAAACAAGUACGUGGCUUGUAAGCUCCAUGGUUUGAAUGCUCAGUGGAGUGAGGAGAAAAAGCAAAGCUACAUACGGCAUGCUAUUCGUGAAUAUAAUAUCCACAAGACUCUGGUUCAUACGAACAUUGUCAGGCUAUGGGAUAUAUUUGAGAUUGACCACAACACAUUCUGCACCGUCCUAGAAUAUUGCAGCGGAAAGGAUCUUGAUGCAGUCCUUAAAGCAACACCAGUUCUUCCAGAAAAGGAAGCAAGAAUCAUAAUUGUUCAAGUAUUUCAGGGCCUUGUUUAUCUUAACAAAAAGGCUCAGAAGAUCAUCCACUAUGACCUCAAACCAGGCAACGUUCUCUUUGAUGAGGUCGGUGUUACGAAAGUUACAGACUUUGGCCUCAGCAAGAUAGUGGAGGAUGAUGUUGGGUCUCAGGGAAUGGAACUCACUUCUCAGGGAGCUGGAACCUAUUGGUAUCUGCCACCAGAAUGCUUUGAUCUCAGCAAAACACCAUUUAUUUCAUCUAAGGUGGAUGUUUGGUCAGCUGGUGUAAUGUUUUAUCAGAUGCUCUAUGGGAGGCGUCCUUUUGGUCAUGACCAGACCCAGGAGAGAAUACUUAGGGAGGAUACAAUCAUCAACGCACGGAGGGUGGAAUUCCCUCCAAAGCCAGCUGUAUCAAAUGAGGCGAAGGAACUGAUACGCCGUUGCUUGACAUACAACCAAUCAGAAAGACCAGACGUUCUAUCCAUAGCUCAAGAUCCAUAUCUCUCCUAUGCAAAGAGGUAGACACUACACGUCUACGCAUGACUAGAAGUCGAAUUUUUGUUUUGGAGGUUGGGGAGCCACUCUUGCAAAAAGGAUUCUGGAGAGGGGUUAAAGAUCUCACGAACUCAAGAAUGUCUCCAAUGGUUUAACUGUAUAUAUUGUAAAUCGUUUGCUCUAGUAACUGUGGUGACCUGAAACAUCAAAGGUCUGCCUCUUUUUAGUUUUCAGGGGCAUGCUCUCUGAUAUCUCUCAAUGCUUUUGUGCCGCCCCUCCAUGCGUUAUGUGAUGUUUGUUUUUGGCUGGUGCCUAGCAUUACUGACGAUGGCUCCUUCAAAAAGGCUGUAUUUAUUCGUAUGGCUGGCAAGGCUUGCCAAACCAGCAUUCAUCAGAGAUACAGUAUGUGAAUCCUCGUAUGUUCACAAAGGACUUUGGGGAUAUAUAAGAUGUAUCUCAGUUGUUUAA